AUUCACGUCACUUCGCCACUAUAAUACACACACACACACACACACACACAAACCAAAAUCAAUGAGGCUCGGACUGCCAACUCUUCCAGGAAGGUAUUAACCAUCACCUGGCCACCAUGUAGUUCCUGAACCUGUAGUGUAGGGAAACACAAUCAGGAUCGUGAGAAGUAUCAGUGGGCUUUUCGCGUGGACGGAGAUGGGUUUGUAGAAUCCUCCUCGAGCUCGCGUCGAUUCGAAACAGCAAAGUCGGAUGCUCGUAUUUCCGCUUGGGUCGCUUCGCGGAAAAACAAGGGGGAAGGAAAAGUGGGAACGGGAGAACUUCCUGAAUUCGAGCGAGACAUGUCCGAGUCUCCUUUACAACUCAACAUUAAGCAGGAGAGGAGCGCAUUCAGUCCCUCUGCCAGUCCACUGCCAAAUUCCACUUCCUCUCCAGGCCAUGGCGCUUCGUCUCUGACUAAUGCCAAGACAGAGGAAGAGCCGGCCAGACUGCCCGGACACCUGCGUCUGCAGCCGGUGUUCUGGAGCAGAGAGGAUGUAGUUCAGUGGCUGCGCUGGGCCGAGCGCGAGUUCGCUCUCCGACCCAUCUCCAGCGGAAGUUUUCAGAUGAACGGCAAAGCUCUCCUGCUGCUCACCAAGGAGGACUUCCGCUACCGAUCGCCCCAUUCAGGAGAUGUUCUUUAUGAGCUCUUGCAACAUAUCCUGAAGCAGAGGAAGCCCCACUCGUCCUUUCCCAACACCUAUUACCCUGGAAACUCCUUUCACUCUCUGCCUGACGCAGCGCUGCAACACCAUAAACUUGAGGAAACGGUACUAAGAACCCCCCGAAGCACAGAUACCCACCCGCUCCAACCUCCCACCAUCGAGCUCCGUCAUCGAUCGCGCUCUCCACGGCGUUCGCCCGCCAUUGUCACGCAUGUCCACCUUGCCUCAGCCGAGGACCUCCAGCCCGUGCCCUCGCAGUUACCCGACAGCAACAACCACCUCCCCGAGGACCUCUACCCUCUAUCGGUGUCCCCCGCCGCCCCCAACGGCCACCACGCCCAGCGCCCGGCCAGCCCGUGCCAGGAGGAAGUGGUGCCUCCUCGGGUCAUCCAGCUGAUGCCUAGUGCCAUCAUGCACCCCCUGUUGCUCAGUCCCGGACGAGGAGCGGUGCCCGGAGAAUUCCGACAAGGCCGGACGUCUGCCCCAGAGAACGGACGUGAGGGCAAAAGCCAUCAUCAUCAUCAUCACCACCAUAAUCACCACCACCAUAACCAUCACGGCGCUUCGCACACCGCACUGAGCCUGGCAGCACAGCAGCAGACACACCAGCAGGAAGAGGUCCGCUUUAGGAACCAGAUGCUGAUGCCCGUGUCGCCUCCUGAGGAGCAGGGGGUGCCCAUCGGACGCAUCGCUGAUUGCAGACUGCUGUGGGAUUACGUGUACCAGCUCCUUUCAGACAGCCGCUACGAGAACUACAUCCGCUGGGAGGAUCGUGACACCAAAGUGUUCAGAAUCAUCGACCCCAAUGGCCUGGCUAGACUGUGGGGAAACCAUAAGAACAGGACCAACAUGACGUAUGAGAAGAUGUCGAGAGCACUAAGACACUAUUACAAGCUGAACAUCAUCAGGAAAGAGCCUGGCCAGAGGCUGCUGUUCAGGUUCAUGAAAACCCCCGAUGAGAUCAUGAGCGGCCAGACGGACCGCCUGGAACAUCUCGAGUCAGACACGGAUGAUCAAAUCUACAUCAAAGAGGAGUGCUGAGCGCUGAACAGUCACAGAGAUGAUGAACUUUUUAAAGCCGUAGAUGCCUCGCCAAUGUUCUGCCACCGUGUUCACCUGCAGAUCCCCAACCCCACCGCCAAUCCUCACCCCAUUCCCCCACCCCAUCCUGCACACCAAGACGUCGCUCAUUAUAAUAAAACGGGAGCCAACAUCGUUUUCCUUCACUGUUAUUUGUUUUCGUUGUUGUAUUUUUUUACACGCUGAAUCAUUAAUAAUCAUAUCCUUCAUUUUUUUUUUUCUUCUCCGCUUCCGAACUUCAGUAUGACAAUCAUUUAGAUGAAUAAUAAAUACUCCUCCGAAUCGACGCUUUCAAAUUCCUGGCACAAUGAAUGAUUUCGUACUUUUCAGUGACUUUUUUUUUUUUUUUUUUUUUUUUAAGGCGCGUUCAAAAAACACAAACGGGAAAGUUUGUGCGAACGUGUUACACAAGAGAUUAAUUCAAGAAUAAAUUUUAAUGACUCA